CUGGCCGAAGCUGAGAGACAAUAUAAAUGGUCGAUGGAGUCCAACGCUCAGCUGGAGAGUGAGAUCUCUGAUCUGAGGUCUGAGGUGAACAGACUGCAAGGCUCAGUGGAGCAGCUGGAGGCAGAGCUCUCUGACACACACACGAGGUGUAACCAGUUAACAAGUGAGUGUGGCAGAAAAGAGUGUAAGAUGAGCAUUCUUCAGUACGAGUGCAGUGAGAUGAGGGAAAUUUUACUGAAGGACUGUGAGCGAGAACCUGAGGUUCAUCGUAUGCUUCUGGCACAAAAUGCUAAGUUGAAGCAGAAUGAGGAGUUACUGAAGGACUCUCUGGCUGAAGCUGAGAGGAAAUACGACCAGGCAAUGAGUUUCAAAGCUCAGCUGGAGAACGAGAAGUCUGAACUGAUGUCUCAGAUGAACACACUGCAAGGCUCAGUACAGAAGAUGGAGAAAGAGCUAUCUGAGACACGCAAUGAGUGUGAAAUAAUGAAGGAAAGGGAGGUUUACAAUAUCCAAAAGUUGCAGUGUGAAGAAAUGAGGGAAAGUUUGGAACAGUGCAAGGAGUUAAUAAAGGAGUGUGUGCAGGAGAGGGAGUCUCACACAGUCCUGACUUCUGAGUGUAAUCUGGCUUUAACACAAAAUGAGGAGUCACUAAUGGUGAACAAACUGCGAGAAACAGUGAAGGGCUUGAGCAGCCUGCUGUCCGAGACGCACAAGAAGUAUGAUGAGGCAACGAAAGAUAGUGCCUCAGCGAGAGGCGUUCUUGAAUUUGUGCAGUCUGAGGCAAAGAAGCAGGCAAGAGUUUUAACUCAGGAAAAAAAAACACUUGAGGUAGCUCUGGCUGAUGCUAAAAACAGAUAUGAGGAUGCAAUGGAGAGCAAUUCUGUGCUAGAGAUUGAACUCUCUAACCUGGCAUCUGACCUGAACAGACUGGAAGCGAGAGUAACCGAGACAGAGGAAGAGCUCUCAGAGAGCAGGAGAAGGUGUGCAGAGGUGAUGGCAGAGUGUGAACAAAAAACUCAGGAGUUGACUAAGCUGAAUUUAAGGUUGAGCUUUUGUAAAGAAACUGCACAAACUUUAAUAAAUGAUUAUCAGAAUGAGUGUCAAGCUCAUGAAGCCCUGAAGGUGCAGUACCUUGAGAUGAAGGAACAUCAUGAUGAAUUGCAAAAGGCCACUCUGGCUGAAACUGAGGAGAAUCCUGAGCAAGGAAUCGAGUCCAGUACUCAACUGGAUGACGAGACGUCUGUUCUGAUGUUCCAGGUGAACACACUGCAAAACCCAGUGCAGCAGCUGCAAGAAGAACUCUCUGAGACACGGAGGAAGUGUAAUGAGAUAAUGAGUGAGAAAGAGCAAGAGCAUGAGGCUUACAGUAUCCUGAAGAUGCAGUACCAAAGACUGCAGGCAAAAUUUGAAAAAUGCCAGGGGAUACUAAAGGACCUUUGCAAAGCUAUUGAAUUCGAAGAACCACUGUUACCUUAAACCACAAAUAACUGUCCAGCGUGGUGUUAAACAUACAGAUGUGGCCAUUAAGACUGCGUCUGUUUUCCCGCCAGAUGCCGCGAUU